GCAGAGAGGAGCACAGGUGUGUCUGGACAUGCAGAGCUGCAGAGGCUGAGCGGCUCAGCUCAUCAUGUGUGUGGACUGACCAGCAGCUGACUGCAGCCUGAUGGGGUCUGGAGCGAGCCACAAGGAGAACUCAGAGUCGGCCUCUUCACCACAGACCAACGCAGACUCAUCAGACUCCGGUGACGGCUCUCAGCGUCUGCCCCUCAUCAUCAUCACCGCUCCCUCCAGGGAGGACAUCUACGCAACUCCAACCAACAUGACCGUGGCAGACGCCAUCAAGGAGCGCAGGCCUACUUCAACCCCGUUCGUGGUGGGCCGCAAAUUCAUGAAAAACCCCAAAACUAGCACGGUGUCCUGCUGAAGAAGCUGACAGUAUGGACGCCGCUGCAGACGACGAGCCGGACCCUAUAAAGCUGAAGUCGGUUAAGAACAACAGAGUCUUCACAGUGCCACAAAACGACAGGCUUGGGAACUGCAGAAGUGUCAAAGAGUUUGAGAAGCUGAACCGAAUAGGGGAGGGAACCUAUGGCAUUGUGUACCGAGCUCGGGACACCAAGUCUGAUGAGAUUGUAGCGUUGAAGAAGGUCCGGAUGGACAAGGAGAAAGAUGGGAUUCCCAUCAGCAGCCUCAGAGAGAUCACCCUGCUGCUGAGGCUGAGGCAUCCCAACAUAGUUGAGCUGAAGGAGGUGGUUGUUGGCAGCCAGCUGGAGAGUCUGUUUCUGGUGAUGAGUUACUGUGAACAGGACCUGGCCAGUCUGCUGGAAAACAUGCAGACGCCCUUUUCCGAGGCUCAGGUGAAGUGUAUCGUCCUUCAGCUGCUCAGAGGUCUGGAGUAUCUCCACCACAACUUCAUUCUGCACAGGGACCUGAAGGUGUCUAAUCUGCUGAUGACAGACAAAGGCUGCGUUAAGAUAGCUGAUUUUGGCUUGGCCCGCAUGUACGGCAUCCCUCUGCAGCCCAUGACGCCCAGAGUGGUCACACUGUGGUACAGAGCACCAGAGCUCCUCCUAGGGACCAAGACCCAGACUACAGCAUUAGAUAUGUGGGCGGUGGGCUGUAUCUUGGCUGAGCUGCUGGCCCACAAGCCUCUGCUGCCUGGAAGCUCGGAGAUCCAGCAGGUCGACCUGAUCGUCCAGCUGCUGGGGACGCCCAACGAGAACAUCUGGCCGGGUUUCUCUCGACUCCCCCUCGUCGGCCAGUACAGUCUGAGGAAGCAGCCGUACAACAACCUGAAGAACAAAUUCACCUGGCUGUCUGACGCCGGACACCGACUGCUCAACCUGCUCUUCAUGUACAACCCACAGCGCAGGGCUACUGCCAAAGAUUGCCUGGAGAGUUCCUACUUCAAGGAGAAGCCUCUACCCUGUGAACCCGAGCUCAUGCCAACCUUCCCUCAUCACCGCAACAAACGGGCUGCUCCUCUGGUGGAAAGCCACGCCAAACGAAGCAAAGUGUGAAGAUGAAGAUGAGGUGGUGAUGCUGGAUCAGAAGAUGGCGACGUGAUUGCGACAUUCUCAGUCACGUGCCGCGGCCAGAUGAUGAUUUUUGUUGACAUUGCACGCCGUGGAGGCACAGACUGAGGUUUUUAUCGUGUCAUUUUGAGCAAAUACCAGUUCAGUUUCUGUGCAGAUGGACUGUGGCACAGAUCAACCUGUUGACUGGACUGACUAGAUGUUUUUGUUGAUUAAUUGAGCUUGUAACUGUUUAUUCUGCGAUGUAGAUGCAACAGUCGAAUGUAGCUGUGUAGGCUACCAAGUGGCUCAAUAUCAGUUUCCUCUCUUUAACAUGUGGAAGAUUGAAUUUCCUCCUUCCUGCUAACGUCUGGUGUCCUAAAUAAGGUCAGGUUAAUAUUGACAAAGUGUAACUGAGGCUGAUACAGAGGAAUUGUGUUGUUUGAGGUGAGAAGGAGUCGGGACAAAAUUAUUUUUCUGCUGUGACUACAACUGUUUUGAUGCAUUAAAUCAAAGCAAAAAGAAGGCGUGGACACUGCCUCCAUGUCAGCUGCAUUCACUCACCGUUCCUGUAGAUGCACUGGACCUGCUUGAAGAUCCAGUAUGAAGAUUCAAAGUGGGGUGAAAGUGGGACAGAAGUAGGAGAAGCCAUUUCCAUUCGAGGAGAGUGGCAGGGUCAUUACAAAAACAAAACAUGAGAGGUCAUCCCCCGAGUAAAAGUCGUGUUUUGAUCCCCACAACCAAUCAGUGUGUCCAUGAGCAGCUGCGCGUCCCGUGAAAGUGUCCUUGAAUGUCUAAAAUGUGACUAAACCGUGGCCUCGUUUCUAGAAACAGACGAAAUGGUGGAGGGGUGGAUAUUCUAAAUCCAACAAUAUGUGUUUCCACCUACAGGGGGCGAUGUAGAGUAUUAAGACGGGGCUAAACAGUGACAAAUGAACAGUGGUCAGUGGGACUGUUCUGGAAACUCAGCUCUACUGUUUAUCGGUGAAAAUGAGCAGAUGCUGAUUCCAGAUUUCUGUGCACUGAGACGAAUGAAAUCUGGAACAAUUUGGGGAAAAUAUACUUUUUCCACCUGCAGCCAGUCAACAGCACGUAGCUCCGACACCAGAGGAAAUCUUCUGAAAUCUGAGUUCACAUCAGCUCAUAGUUACACCUUCAGUAUAAAUACUGAGCUGCGUAACAAUGACAAUAAUACUCAGUUACUGGUAAAUGUGGUAAAUAAUACACCCCCCAUUAGCCACCAUAUAUUCUACUCUUUAGCAAGUGUAAUUGGAUCCUAAUGACAGUCAGAUGAUAAAUGUUAUGAACAAAUUAAGUGUGUGAAAACCUGUAUAUGAUGACAAAGGUGAAAAAAAACCUUUCAUUUAUAUCAGUUGGCUUUAGAGUUAGCAGCAAUCAGCCCUUGAAACCAGGAAUAUAACUCACGUAGUCACCUCCUGGUUUUAUAGGUCGGGCCUGCUUGGCUAAUAUUUAAAAAUAAUUUUACUAUUGUGUUGAAGAUGAAAUCCAAAUUGGCUAAAACCACAAUAAAAAAUCUCAAACCAGUA